UUUAAACUGAAUGCAAGAAUACAAAUCGCCUCAGAAUUGGUGACCAUUCCGGGGCCUGUUUCUGCGGCCAGAACAGCUCCCCUGCUUGUGGUCCGAAGGGGCCCGUCGUGAGCAUCAGCGAUUGAGCUGUACGAGGGUCCGGUGCCAGGAGCUGCGAGAACUGCCGGCGAUAAAAUGGGGUUCCAAGGACGUGCCGUGGAUUUGUUCUCCUGAGAGUGGAAGACGAGUGUACAGAUCCCUGCGAGGUCUGGCAGCCACCUCCAGCUGGACACUUCAGUCAAACGGGACAGCUUGAGCAGUUUGUGACAGAAGGAAAUUGGUCAAGGAGGGGGUGUGCAGUGGGGGAUCCAGACAGAGCCAGUACCCGCUGUAAUUUUGGCAUUCUGCUGCAUCCCAAGAGUCAGCUGGAUCUUAUAUCAGAGAGCUCGAAAACAACAGGUUUGUUUCUUUACAUAACCUUCUGUGUGCGCUGUGGAAUGCAGGCUGGAAAGGGCAGUUCCACACGCCCCAAUAACCCCCCCUCAACUACCACCACACGUCUCCCUAGUGACUUUUCAGGAUAGGGUUUUCUGAUUUUAGCCAACUUGUCUUCGAUGUAUGGAACAACAGGCUCCAGCCAAACGGGCAGGCAGAAUAUCCCGGAAUUAAAAAGGCACAGUUGCUGCUUGGAGUUAAGUGGCUGAAGCUUUGAUAAGAGAAGCAGAAGCUCGGCUGUGGUGCAGAUACCACCGAUUGCACAGCCGUGUUUACUGGAAACGCUCGGCGUGUCCUGCCUUUUGGAGGGCUUAAUGAAGUCGGACAUUAUGAGGAUGAAGGACAUUUCACUACGGCAAGACCCAGACCUCCGAAAGGAAUUGGCAUUGUUGGCGCGGGGGUGUGAUUUUGUCCUGCCCUCCCGAUUUAAGAAGAGACUGAAAGCUUUCCAGCAAGUACAGGCUCAGGUAAAGAAAGAUGAACCCAUAACACCAGCCUUAAGUGAGAACAUUCCAAGGUUUUAUUUCCCACGAGGACGGCCCAAAGCCAAUCCCAACAUCGACUCGCUCAUUUCCAGAAUAGAGAGAACGUUUUCACAGUUCCCCAAUGAAAGGGCAACUAUUGAAGACAUGGGGAAGGUAGCCAAAGCUUGUGAAUGUCCACUCUACUGGAAAAUGCCAUUGUUCUGUGCUGCUGGUGGGGACAGAACAGGAUUCGUAUCCGUUCACAAAUUUGUUGCAAUGUGGAGAAAAACCUUACAGACCUGCCAUGAUGACGCAUCUAAAUUUGUUCACCUUUUGGCCAAGCCGAGCUGUAAUUACAUUGAACAAGAAGACUUGAUUCCAUUCCUUCAGGACGUGGUCAACACACACACUGGUCUCACAUUUCUAAGGGAGGCCUCAGACUUUCACUCUCGCUACAUUACCACAGUUAUUCAGCGGAUAUAUUACAAUGUAAACAGAUCAUGGACGGGCAAAAUAACAUGCUCAGAACUUAGGAAAAGCAGUUUUCUGCAGAAUGUGGCAUUAUUAGAGGAUGAGGAAGAUGUCAACCAGCUCACUGAGUAUUUCUCCUAUGAACAUUUCUACGUCAUUUAUUGUAAAUUCUGGGAACUUGACGCAGACCACGAUCUCUACAUUGAUCAGAAAGACCUAGCUCGACACAAUGAUCACGCAAUCUCCCAUAAAAUGAUUGAAAGGAUAUUCUCAGGAGCUGUUACCAGGGGCAAAAGAGCACAUAAGGAAGGAAGAAUGAGCUAUGCAGAUUUUGUAUGGUUUCUGAUUUCUGAAGAGGACAAGAAGACACCAACCAGCAUAGAGUACUGGUUCCGCUGCAUGGAUCUUGAUGGGGACGGAGUGCUCUCUAUGUAUGAGCUGGAAUACUUUUAUGAGGAACAGUGUCAGAGACUAGAGAACAUGGCCAUUGAACCCCUGCCUUUUGAAGACUGUCUCUGCCAAAUGCUGGACCUUGUCAAACCCAAAACUGAAGGAAAGAUCACUCUUCAUGAUCUGAAGAAGUGCAAGUUGUCACACCUGUUUUUUGAUACUUUUUUCAAUAUCGAGAAGUACCUGGACCACGAGCAAAAGGAUCCGUUUUCGGUUAUCAGGGAUGGAGAGGGUGAGGUGCAGGAUGUCUCCGACUGGGAGAAGUACGCUGCAGAGGAGUACGACAGCUUGGUAGCCGAGGAGGCAGCCAACGAGCAGUUUAAUGACGGAUAUGAACAUGCCAUUGAUCCAAUAGACUGUCAGAUCUCACACGAGCUAAAUCUACGAACAGACAAGAGACACUUCUUCCAAAUACCGAGCCCGCACUCCAACCUAGACCUGGAGGAAUACGAAUAUGAAGACGACUUUGAAUGACAGCUGGUGCAUACAUGUCCUACAUUGCUGGCUGUGUGCAGCUGUGCUGCAAAAACUGUAUAAAGAAUGAAUGUUAAUGAAGCCUAUAAAUGUUUCAUAGAUUAGGUUGUAGCUUUAGGUUAUUCGCACUUAACCAUGGGAACAGGAAACACAGACCUGGAGAAGCCAAAAGCUGUCACUCAUCCAUUAAGAAUAUUUUCAUUUUUAUACAUUAUCAGGAAAUCUCUUUGCAGAAGUUAAAACAAAAUCACACCUAAGAAAUGCUGUUUAUGAUGUAGCAAGCUAAAUAUUAAAUGUACACCUAAAGUUUUCUAGUAACACUUUAUUAUUAAAGAUAUUAUACAUAUUUUGAUUUAUAUGUUUAUAUAUGGUUUAUAAAGAAAUUCUAAAGUAUUCAUAAAACAUUGUCAUUACAAAGAUGUAAUACUUUCCAAUGGCUUCUCCAUUUGACAAAGCACAACACCUACAUAAGAUCCCAUUUUUAAAUUUAAAUAAUGUAAUGCUUUAUUAAUACUUCAGGACAUUUUAUCAAUUUGUAUAAAUCAUUAGUAAAAUAUUACAAGGAAAACCUUAAUAUAAAGCGUUGUCACUGUUCUUUCAGUAGUUUAUUUAUUUGGCUAAUUGUGACUGGCCAUUAGUUUUGAGUGUUGUGUUAUUUGUAAAUAAGAAUGCUUCUAAUAUUUAUUAUGAAAUCAUUCGAGAGCGACUGGCACGUGCACAGAAUAUACCUGUGAACCAAUUCAGUUUCUUGCUUGAAGAAAUCUUAGUUCGCUGCACUGGAACUUAAAAAGCUUAGACACUGAAAAACACUUGAAUUACUGAAUGUGCACUAACUGUAAGAGCAAUACAUUUGUAAUUUCUUAGGAUUGGCUAAUGCAACAUUCCAGAGAUAUUAAACAUACUACGAAUUUCAAAAUACGUUUUCUUAUCCUGGUGCCUAUAAACCUGCAUUUUUACAUCUAUGCAUUAGUCUUUAUGAAAUUCCCGUGCCUUGUAAUAUAUACUGUAUUUAUCUGCAAGUUUCAAGUUAUUUUUUUUUUACUGUUUAAUACUUUUAUUUUGACUUUGGAGAGGUUAUAAAUUAUAAGCUGUAAAUGUUAUUUUGUGCUUGCUGUGUAAAAACAGGGUUUCUAAGUGUACACAAAUUAUGUUCCAUUGUUGAUGGCUAUCUGUAAAAGUACUGGGGUCAUUUCAUAAUGUACUUUUAUUGAAGAAUAAGAAACCAAUUUUAAAAUUUGUAUAUUAUUUUGUUGAAAUUAUUUUAAAUAAAGUAUACCUCAGAAUGUA